UAUUCUCCUCUAUUAAUAAAAAAAAAAAUUAUCAAAUUUGGUUAACUCUACAGGGCAGGAUCAUUAUUCCCGUAAACCGUGUUUUUGAGGUCAAAAUCACAUAGGCAUCGGGCGCCUUAAAGAAUGGAUAGGCCAUUUACGGGAACGAACAUGAACAUUUGUUGAGAUUAUAGAGGUCUUAUCACAAAUAGAUAUAUGUAUAAUUAUUGUAUAUCAUUUAUGAUAAGACCUCUGUCAGAAUGAGAAGCAAUGAUAAAAAACAGUCUUUCUCUCUUCCCCAUUCCGGCACACUACUCUUUAUUUUAUUAAUAUAGCUAUUAAAUGGCCUAUCCAUUCUUUAAUAUCUAUGCAUUAUUGUUGCUUACGACGUUUUACAUGUUUUCCCGCGCAUUUAUCUGAUAACGUUAUUGGUGAUUACGACUAAAAGUCUAAAACGGAUUUUUGAUUUCUUAAUAAUUAUAAUUAUUCUUUUUACUAUUUUUAUAACUAGUUUGAAUGUUUCCAUCUCGCGUCUGUUAUUUUAAUUGAAAUUUGAAUUAUGACGUCCAGAAGUCGAGCAAAUAAAUUAAUCGCCGCUGCUACCAAGCAAUGCAAUAAUGAUGUUGUAAGUAGUGUCAACUCUAUAAUAUUACCUAAUUCAGAAAAUGUUCGUUUGACAAAUGUUUUGUUUAGUCAAAUUAUGAAAGAUAAGAGUUCUGAUGAAUGUAAUACAGAUUUUAAAAACAAUACUGUUGUGGUAGAUAAUAAUAUUUAUGAAGAAAUAAUCAAGAGGGGAAAAAAAAAGAAGAAGGUUAACAUACGUGCAACUAAACUACAAAAAUUAAAUGGUGUAGGUAAAUUUGUUAAAACAAAUUCAUGUAUAACUAAAAAAAAAUGUCAAUUCAAAUGUUAUGAAAAAUUUUCUGAAAAUGAUAGACAAAUUAUGUUUGAUAAUUUUUGGAAACUUGGAAAUAAGUCAAGACAACGUGACUUUUUAAUUCAAUGUGCUAUAAAAGGAAGUGUUAAAAGAAUAAGAACCAAAAUCAUCAGUAGACGUUCCAACACCUACAGCUAUUUUUUGUCAUACAUGGGUGAAAAAUAUCAAGUUUGUCAGCAGUAUUUAUUAACGAUGUUAGAUAUAAAACAAAAAUUUUUGCUUUAUACUAUUAAGAAUUCUUCACCAGUUGCUACAGCACUCAGUGAUGGUCGUGGAAAAGUAAUUCCCAAGAAUAAAAUAAAUGAAAUAACAGUUUCUAAACUUCAUGAAUUUAUUAAAAAUCUACCUGCUGUUCCUUCACAUUAUUGCCGAGCAUCGACAACCAAAAAAUACUUACCAGCAGAGUUUAUGAAUAUUCUUCGACUUUAUGCCAUUUAUAAAGAUUAUUGCAAAACAAAUAAUGAUAUACCUGUUUCUAAAUUUUUUUUUAGAAAAGUAUUCACAGAAGAAUAUAAUAUAGGUUUUCAUUUACCUAAAAAGGAUAAAUGGCGUACAUGUUCUAAAUUUGAUAAUAUUAUUAAUUUGAAUGGAGAUAGUUCACAAGAUGAAUCAAUCAUAAAUCAUCAAAAACAUAUAAAUGACAAAGAAGACUGUAAAGCUAUGUUUCUAAAAUAUAAAAAACCAUUAGACAAUACUAUGUCAUUAUGUGUCAGCUUCGACUUACAAAAAGUUUUAAAUACUCCCAAGGGUGAUAAUAUGAACUUAUAUUAUAGUCGGAAAUUUAGUACCUAUAAUUUAACCAUUUAUGAAAGUAGAAACCAAAAUGCUUUUUGUUAUUUGUGGGGUGAGACAAUAGGUAAUAGAGGUUGCAAUGAAAUAGUUUCAUGCAUUUAUAAUUAUUUAAAUAGUGUUGACCAACGCCAAUCUAUAACAUCUAUUGCAUUAUUUUGUGACUCAUGUGCAGGCCAAAAUAAGAAUAAAGCAAUGUUUGCAAUGAUUAUGUAUGUCCUUAAGUUUGAAUUAAAAUGUAUAACUGAAAUUAAGUUGACAUUUCUACUACCUGGGCAUACCUAUAUGCCAGUAGAUAGCAUCCAUGCUACUAUUGAACUGUUCAUUAAAAAAACUACUGUAUGGACACCUAGUGAAUGGCCACCAAUAAUAAGGAAUGCUUGAACAAAUCCCAGACCUUUAGAAGUAAUUGAAUUAAAAUCAACAGAUUUUUUGGAUUGGAAACAGUUUUCUACUACAUUUUUCCCUAACAUUCUAAUAACAGAAACUGGUGAAAGAGUAAUGAACUCUAAAUUGAGGUCAUAAUUAUUCAUAAAAAAAGAUGAAGAUGUAGAUAUAAUGAUUUUUGAAUCUUAUAAAUUUGAAGAAUGUCCCAAAAAACUACAUGUCAUCAAAAAAAGAGGGAGAUUUGCACAAACACCAACAUUGCCAAACAAAUGCUAUGAAAGAAAAUUACCCAUUUCAUCUGCCAAAUUCAAAGAUUUGUCAGAUUUGUGCAAGAAUGGUAUCAUCCCAGAAAAGUAAGAUAAUUUUUAAUUCUAUUUUGCACUGGUUUAACAAAUGUAUAAUAAUAUAAUAUUAUUGAUUAACAGAUUUCAUGCAGAGUACUAUGAUAUGAAUUCUAGUGAGACAAUUAGAGACUGUCUUGACGAGUCUGAUAUUGAAGAUUCUGAUGUUUCUGAUGACUAUUAGUAAUUAUUAUAAAUAUUAUGUUUCAAGAUAAUUUUAAUUGGUCUAAUUUUUUUAUUGUUACUUAAAGGAUCAUUUUUUACUUAUUUACUAGUCAAGAAGACUGAACAUUAACUGCAUAAUAUGCAAUAUUAAAAUAUUAUUAUUAUUAAGUUUUUAUAUUAUACAGUUGAUUCAUUUUAUUUUAUUUUAUUUUAAACGCAGAGGUGUUUUUAGUUUUUAACUAUAGACUAUUAUGUUAUUUUGUUAUUAAUACAAUAUUAUUAUUUUUAGGAUAAUUUUUUACUUAUUUAGUAGUCAAGAAGACUGAACAUUAACUACAUAAUAUGCAAUAUUAAAAUAUUAUUAUUAUUAAGUUUUUAUAUUAUACAGUUGA